AUGGCCAACUAUAUCAAAGAUAUUCAAGAAAUACCGAACUUGAAACCACCCAGUGAGACAUUUGUUGAUGACCCAACUUCAUUAAGCGAUAUUCACUUGGAAGAAUUGGUUUUUGAUUUGAGUAAUGGGUUAAAGAAUAUCAACAACAUUCAUAUACUUCAUGUCAUUUACAUUUAUUCCCUGUUUAUAAAGUUCACAGUCAUACUACAACAGCAUCCAUCACUUUUCCGCAAAUUUAGACAGCAACAGUUGCAACAGUUGCACAAAGAAGAAGAAGAAUUUGAACAGAAGAAGAAUUACUGCACCUUGAAGAAAAGAAGAAUCGGUGAUGGAUCAAAUGGAGAAGAAUGUUAUGGUACCGCUACGACUCAUCCGGACUCCUUUACUAUCAUGUCGCCACCAAUAUCACACACCAACUCAACAUCCACAAACACGCUAGAGUCUUCUUCUACUUCCACUUUGAAUACGGAUGAGCUGGGUGGCAAAUCAACUUCAGCGGAUUCAGUUGAAGCUGCUUCGCCAAUAGGUUCUGAUGACGAUGAAGGCAAGACAGUUGUGGGUGAAUCUCAUGCAAAUGGCAAUGAAUUCCCCCAAGUCAUGGUAUUGGACAAAUGCGACAGUGAUGAGGUAUUAUUCAAUGAUGAAAACAUUGACAACAUCAAUUUUAAUUACAGCGGGAGUAGAGAGGAUGGCAGUGAAUGCCUGUCUCCGGGAAAAUACGUUCCUAUCGAGACGCUACUCGCACAAUUCAAAUUGAGCGAAGUGAACAACUCAUCAGAAGAAGAGCUUCCCGUUGCUAUGACUGCAACAACAACAACAACAACAACAACAACAACAACAACAACAACAACCUUCAAAUUGAAUAUUCCCACCACCGAGACCAACUUUGCAAAAUCAAUACUAUCUGAAAUUGAAUACGCUCAGCGAAAAGACAAGACCCAUUCCGACCAACUAGUCAAAGUUUUCCAGCUUAUCAAAACCCCCAGUUUACCAAUUGAUAAAUUCCUAUUAAGAAUCAAACAAUACUCACCAUCCAUCUCCAUAGCAGCUUAUCUCCACUCCAUAUACAUCCUAUUCAAAUUAACAACUUUGUUAGCAACAGUAUCACUAACAACAAACAACUCAUACCGCUUCGUAAUUGGCUCUUUAAGAACAUGCACGAAGUUGUUGGAUGACGUUUAUCAAAAACAACAGAAUUUCACUCAUGUCGUGGGAGUCAGUUUACGAGACUUGUCUAAAAUUGAACUCAAUUUCGUCUAUUUGACAAAUUUCAAUUUCAAUCUACAAUGUUUGGAUCAAAGCUUAGCUCGAUUUUUACAGGUUGAGUUUGUCCAGUUGUGCCAAUUUAUAAAGUUGGAGUUGAAUGAGGUUUACAAUGAAGUGAUUAACAGUUUUUGA